AUGUCGUGCCUCCUGUUGAAUCAGAAGGACGUCCACAUAAAAAUCCCGUCUGUCGAGACGUUGGAUAAUGUAACGUAUUACAUUAUUCAGGUUAAAGUUGCUUCCGUUGAAUGGAUGGUCAAGCAUAGGUACAGCGACUUUGCUGAGCUUCACGAGAGCCUGGUGAACGAACACUGCGUAGCGAAGGAUAUCCUUCCUCCAAAGAAACUGAUUGGUAACAAGAGCGAAGCCUUCGUGGAGAAGCGGCGCCUUGGCUUGGAGGAAUAUCUGAAUGCCGUCUAUGUUUAUCUGAAGAAAAUGAUGCCAAGGGAGCUCGCACUGUUCCUCGACAUGCACAUCUAUGAUACAUUCUUCGUACUCCAAAAUAUGGCUCUGCAGUUCGUCACCGAAGGAGAUGCGCUUCUUCGAGCAUCUAAAAGUUACACCUUCACGCCCAUACAGCUUUACUCCAUCAGCGAAAGGCUGAAACAACCUUGUCCGACAAUGGAGGUGAUAGAUAAGAAGUAUGACUUCAGCCACGUUCUAGACUUCAGUUCUCAUCUCGAUAGUCUCGUCGUUCAAGGGAGUACGGAAUGCUGUGGUACUAGUAAUAUCUGCCCAUCUAAUUUGCCGAUCGAAUUGUCCAGUUUCAAGAAUAUAGAGGAGCUGACCAUCGACAGUUACCCGAUGGACAAGAUCUACGGGAUGGGAAACCUAAGGGACACCGUAAGGGUCCUCAAGGUUUACAACGCUAAUUUGAGGAGCAUCGUAGAGCUGGCUAUGUGCGAAGAGGUUCACAAGCACCUGUCCAGUGCAAACGACUCGCAUGUAUGGUGGAAAGUAACCACUUUAGACGUCAGUAACAACAAAAUAGAGACAAUAGACGAAGCCAUCAGACUUCUGCCACACAUCGAGUCGCUGACGUUGAAUAAUAACGGGCUCUCGGAAAUCCUGAACGUUACUCUGCUUCCUAGACUGUCGCAUCUGUAUUUGGCUUCGAAUAAUUUCACCACGCUACCUGACAAUCUGCACACCAAAUUAGGAAACAUCGUCUUCAUGGACUUGUCGCAGAAUAAUCUGACUUCCCUCGCUGGCUUCUCAAAGUUGUACGCGUUGGAGGGCCUUGACGUCAGCUGCAAUCGAAUCGAGAGCAUCGAAGAAGUGAAGAACAUUGGCCAUUUGCCUUGCCUCGAGAAUCUGAUACUGACUGGCAAUCCGGUUUCUACGAUAGUCGAUUAUAGAGUCAAAGUGUUAGAGCCUUUUGGCAAACGUGCCGCAGACAUCUGUCUGGAUAACGAAAAACCAAAUCAGAAGGAACUCGAUACAGUGUCCGUUCUUCAAGCUUUGAGGAUCGCCAGGGAAGGCAAAUCGCCAUCUUUCAGUACCACCGAUGCACCUUUGUUUUCUGCCGAGAUACCAAGUAUUUAGACACACGAACUUUCCAUACUCAGAGUCUCAUUAUUAAAACAUAAUAUUCUCAGUUACUUCUAUAAGACUCUUUUCCAUCGAUCGAUGGAUUCGAAUUGGUACCAUUUACCUCCGAUGGUAAUUUCUUUUCUAUAAAGUCUCGUCAUAUUUAUUUAAACAAAGAAAGGUAAUCGGCAGAGAAAGGAACACUAGUAAUAUUUAUUGCAAUAUAAAUCGGCGCUUCUCUGCCGCUUGGUAACCUGAAGAUGUCCUAGCAGUAUGAAACAAACCAUAAUCUAUCGAUAUAGUUUAUGCUGGAAGGGCUUUCAUCGAUGUGAAUUAGCGACUAGAAGGAGUUACCUUUUAAAGCUGUACCAUAAUCUGCCGUAUGGAUUUUAUAAGGACGUAACAAAGCCUAUCGAAUUGUACAUAAGAUGACAAACUAUUUUGUUAACGAUUAAAUAAACUGUGAUAACGUGU